UUCGGUCGUCAUCUUACCAAAGUUCUCUGUGUGCGAAAAUAUAAAUAAUAAUAGACAUUUUCAGCAACAUUUAUUAAAAUAUUCUGCAUAAUUUUGUCGUUUUAUUGAAAAGUCUUAAAAUACGACAGAAAAAAGAAUUUGUGACAACAGGUUCAAAAACUCAAGAAAUUUUAUGAAAAGAAAAUAGAAUAAAAAGACAGAAAAACAGCAAAAUUAAGAAAAUCAGUAAAAACGUCGAAAAAAGUCCUACGAGACUAAAAAAAAAACUCAAAAAACAACAAAACAAGUGAAGACAGUAAAAAAAUCAACGAAAAAACACAACGAAGUUCUACCAGUUCUAUACCAAAUAAUCACCAAAUUCGCCUUAAUUUGAAAACAUCGUCAAAAGCGUUUUUCGCUUCGUCCAAAAAAACCAUUAAUUUGUGAGCGAGAAUUGUAAAAAUGAAUAUCAAAUGUAUGAUAAUUUUUACGAUGUUGGCGAUAAAGCCAAGUGUAUCGGACACGAAUGUGCUACAUCUCGAUUUAAGUAACAAGAAAAUCAGUGGCUUGUACGUCAACGCAUUUGAGAAUUUGACCAAAUUGAAAAUAUUAAACUUAUCACGCAAUAAAAUCAAGGAAAUUCCAUCGUUUAUAUUUUUGCAAACGAAAAAACUCAUCGCCAUCAAUUUUUCAUUCAAUAACAUUCAAGUGAUCGACGAUUUUGCACUGGCCGGCGAUUUUAAUUUGAAAUUUUUGGAUCUAUCACACAACCUCUUGGAGCAUUUCACUGAAGUAUAUAUAGAGAGUCAUUCAAACUUGACGCGUUUGGAUUUGUCAUUCAAUCGAAUCACCACAUUGGAACCAAAUACAUUCCGUCGUCUCGUUAAACUUCAGUAUGUGUCUUUGGCUUCGAAUCACCUCUCGCAAAUAGAAUCGGGCACAUUCUCAUCUUUAUCGAACUUGCAAUCACUUGACUUAUCAAAUAACUCAUUGGUCACGUUCGAUUUCAACAUUUUACCAACAGAUCAACACCAAAUGCGAUGGAUUUCAAUUGCUAGCAAUCGAUUGCAAAAGCUCAGUGGAAGCGCCCAUUUACGAAACUUCAACGGUGUAAUCAAAGGAAUUGACAGCAAUCAAUUAAGCUGUACGUUUUUGAUGGAAUUUAACAAGGCAAUCACAGGAAAAUUACUGGACCCGAUUUCAAAAUUGGCUGAAUGCAAUAAGAGAUCUAAAACUCUCAAAAUUUCAUUGAAUUCAUUUUUCGAUGAAUUCGUUUUCAUUAUAGGGUUUUUCUUCGGCAUCUUUAUACUGAUUUUACUUCCAGUUUCACUACCCGUUUUCAUUACAAUCACCGUAUUGGGAUCGUUAUUCUUUAUACUGAUUUCACUAUCCAUUUUUCUACCAAUUUUAAUAACAUUCAUCGUAUUGGUAUCGUUAUCCAUUGGCUUCCUAUUCGGUAUUUUUGUCGCAUUUAUGGCCUUAAUAGAAGCUGCAGAUUUAAUCAUUGACGAAUUCAUCGCGAAUAUCGAUUUUAAGGCAAAAAUUUCAAAAUUAUAUGGAUCUUUUGUAACUUAUUGUUCAAGAAAAGUCAUCGAAAUAAGUUCAUCACUGCGAACACUUGCAUUGAAUAUCAAAUUUGAGUAUUUGAAUGAGCGAGAAAGAAAUCAAAAUCAAGCGGAAGAAGAUGCUGAAAACGACGAGGGGUACAUCGAACAAUUUGAUGAAGAAACUGAUGGGUCCGAAAGUGAUUGGGAAACAACCGAUAGCGAAGAGGAAGACGUAGAGGAAAGUGACCACAUUGACUCCAUCGGAACAGAAUCAUAUGAGAGGUUUGCAUUUGAGAGCAACACCGAGGACAGCCAGAGCGACACAGAGAGUGAAACGGAAGGAAGCGAAAGCGACAAUGCAAUCCUCGAAAGCGAUGUGACGUAUAUGGAAAGCGACUGGGAUUCAACCGAAAGUGAUGAAAGCGACGAGGAAAGCGAACUGGAAAAUUCAGAUGGCGACGAAGAAGAGAUGGAAAUCGAGAUAAGUGGCUUCGAAAGUGAUGAGGAGGCUUUAAUAAGCGACAGUGAUGACAUGAGAAGUGAAGAGGAGACUGACGGUACUAAUGAUACGGAGGAAGAAAUCGAAAUGGAGAAAAGCGACGACGAAGACAUGGAAAUUGACGUAGAAGGCUUCGAUAGUGACGAGGAGGGUUUGAUAAGCGACAGCGAUGAUAUAAGAAGUGAAGAGGAGACCGAUGAUGCGGAGGAGGAAAUCGAAAUAGAGAAGAGCGACGAUGAAGACAUGGAAAUCGACGUAGAGGGCUUCGAAAGUGACGAGACAGAUAUCGAAAGCAAAACGGAAUUAACUGAAAUUGAUACAGAUGGAUCCGAAAGUGAUUGGAUGGAUGAUGAAAGCGGAUGGGAAACAUUCGAUAGCGACGAGGAUGACUUGAGAAGUGAUACAGAAACAUCUGAUAGCAAUGACGAAGAUACAGAAAGUGACGACGAGUCCUCCGAGUGUGAUUGUGAAGAAUAUUCCAUCACUGACAAUAUUUCCAUCGAAACUUACUUACUUAAUUCAGAUUUAUCAGAAACUGAAAGUGACGGUGAAAAACUUGAAGAAUUAAUAAAAGAGGCUGAAACUGCAAAUAUAUUUAUACAGCCAUUUGAGUCACUUCUCACAAAUCUUCCAAUACCUAAUUCCGAAAGCAAUGAAGAGAGCGUGCCCGAAGUUGAUCGAGAAAUUAAUUCCGAAAGCGAACUCGAUUGUAGCCAAAAUGAAUUGGUCGAAAUGGAAAACGAAGAAAAUGAAGAAGAAAGCGAGCCAGAGGACUUUUUGCUCGUACAAAUGGAUAGCAACGCCGAAGAAAGUGACGACGGUUUUGUCAUAAUAAAGUAGCCGCAAAUUUAAUUUCCUUAUCCUGCUACUCAUGACUCUAAUUUUUUGCCCAGAUGCUU